AGUUGAACUCUCACUUUAGCCCAGUAUCUCUUGUUACAAACGAUUGUGGCUGAUCUCAUUGAUGUGACUCUGAAAGCACUGAGGCGGCACCUGCCACUAAGCUGCAGUCACACACAGUUAACCUCAAAGUCUGGAAGUGUUUGUGGAGCACCCAAGCCUUACAAAUUCUCCCACUGUCUCCCUUUGUUAGAGUGAAGCGACAUAACGCUGCGAAAACCAGCCGCGUUAGCUCUCUGGCCUGAAGGCACCUGGCGUACUAUGACUCUGCAGCCAUUAACUCCAGUCAACUGUGCCGGCUUAUUACAACCAGGCUGCUCUCUGCUGCAGCUGGAUGGAGAAGUGCUUUUGUUUGGUCAAAAAGGCUGGCCCAAGCGCUCAUGUCCUACGGGAAUAUUUAGCGUACGGUUUAAAAAAGAACAGAUGAAGUUAAGAGCCAUCACGUUCUCAAAUGACUCCUGCUAUCUGCCUCCUUUACGCUGCCCCGCCGUCUGCCGCCUUGACCCUUACGACGGCCUACCUGAAAGCUACCUCAUCCACGGUGGCCGGACCCCAAACAACGAGAUCUCUUCAAGUUUGUAUCUCCUAACCGUGGACAGUCGCGGCUGCAAUCGUAAACUGACACUGAAAUGCAAGGAGAAAGAACUGGUGGGCGAAGUUCCUAGCGCAAGAUACGGCCAUAGUCUUAAUGUCGUUCAAAGUCGAGGAAAAACAGCUUACGUCAUCUUCGGAGGCAGGUCUUACAUGCCCGGAAUGGAACGCACGACGGAAAACUGGAACAGCGUGAUCGAUUGUUCACCCCAGGUCUUUCUGUUUGAGUUGGAAUUUGGUUGCGUUACGGCUCAUUCCGUCGCAGAACUCCAAGAUGGUCAGUCUUUCCACGUGUCAGUCUCAAGAGAAGACUGCGUUUACUUUAUCGGCGGUCACUCGAUAACUUCUGAUUCUAGACCUCCUCGACUUUUUAGGUUGCGUGUUGAACUCUUGCAAGGAAGCCCGCUGAUUACGUGCCAGGCGUUUGAGUCCGGGAUGUCGAUUUCUAGCGCCGUCAUCACCCGCACAGGUUCGAUGCAUAAGUACGUUAUCGUAGGAGGUUACAAGUUUGAUUCGCAGAAGAGGAUGGAGUGCACUGAGGUGACUUUGGAUGAAAAGGGAGUCCAUUUUGAAUCUUUGGAAGCACCGAAAUGGACUCCUGACGUCAGCCAUAGCCGCACUUGGUUCGGUGGCAGCGCGGGGGAGGGUAAAGUUUUGCUAGCCUUACCGAUUGAAGGCAGGGUUAACCAAAGCGAGUCGCACUGUUUAUAUAAAGUCAGUUUUGAAACGCAAGAGGAAGCGGAGGAGACCGGACAAGACGGGACUCAAGGUUGCAGUCAAGAGUCUACAGAUUUCGAAGACUCUCCUCCUCUUGAAGAUUCGGAGGAGCUGUACUUUGGACGAGAACCGCACGAACUCGAAGACAGCAGCGAUGACGACGAUCGGUACAACGAGGAUGACGAAGAAGACGAAUCCCAAACAGGAUACUGGGUCAAAUGCUGUCUGGGUUGUCAAAUCGACCCAAACACGUGGGAGCCGUACUACUCCACCGAGCUGCACCGUCCGGCCAUGAUCUUCUGCUCCCGAGGAGAGGAGGGGCACUGGGUCCACGCUCAGUGCAUGGAGCUGUCGGAGACUCUGCUGCUGAAGUUGUCCGAAGGCAGUAAGAAGUACUUUUGCCAGGACCACGGAGGGCUGCCGUACCAGGAAGUGACCCCUCCGCGACCCCAGAACCGACUGUCCGCGAAACGAGCGCCCAUGAAAGUGAAGCUGAGGAGGAUGCCGCUCACGAUAAACAUGUCACCAGCCACGAAGAGCUUCUGCAAAAGACUUUUCCAUGAUUAGUUUGAGU